AUGACUGAUCUAGCUAAAUUGACUCGAAAAAGGGGAAAUAUUAAAGGGCAGCUUACACGGUUAGAAACUUUUAUUCAGAAUUAUGACUCCUCUAAGCAUCAUGAGAUUUCGAUACGUCUUAAAAGAGCGGAGGCGUGGUGGGAUGAAUUUGAAAGCAUCCAGGACGAAAUCGAGGACCUGGAUAAUUCGGAUGAGCAAGUGGCUGAACGCGAUGAUUUUGGUACAAAGUAUUUUGACAUUCUUGGUCGCCUAAAUUUACUUGCGCACGGUGGGAGUACACAGGACUCAACUGCUCCAAGAACGGAAGUACGUCUUCCACCAAUGGAAGUACCUAACUUUUAUGGUUCAUACAAGCAGUGGUUGGAAUUUCACGAUUCUUUUAAGUCCUUAGUAGAUUCGAAUUUGUCUUUAACUAAUAUUCAAAAAUUUUAUUAUCUAAAAGGGGCGCUUAAGGGUACGGCGGCUGAUGUGAUCCAUUCUUUGGAGGUGUCUUCAGAAAAUUAUCAGGUUGCAUGGGAUCUUUUUGGGGGAAAGGUUUAA